CAUCUCUAUCCGACAGUUUAAUGACCACAUCUUGGGUUGGCAGCACAGUGCAGAUGCUGGUGGUCGCUGAAUGCAUGCUCCCUCCGUGUUGAGCCCGUUAAGUGGCUGCAGCAUUAGAUUAGCACUCUUUAUAGACUCAAUGCUUUAGGAACCACGUCUCAUUUAGUGCAGUAAUGGGUGUGGAAGUGGAAUCGAUAUCCCCCGGAGAUGGAAGAACAUUUCCAAAGAAGGGCCAGACGUGUGUGGUGCAUUACAUAGGUAUGCUGCAAAACGGAAAGAAGUUUGACUCUUCACGAGACAGAAACAAGCCCUUCAAAUUUAAGAUUGGACGGCAGGAAGUCAUCAAGGGCUGGGAGGAUGGAGUGGCUCAGAUGAGCCUUGGCCAAAGGGCGAGGAUUACCUGCACGCCAGACAUGGCGUACGGGGCAACCGGUCACCCCGGGGUCAUACCCCCCAAUGCCACUCUCCUCUUCGACGUGGAGCUCCUCAAGCUGGAGUAGCAAUGACCGUCAUGGGUCAAAGGUCAAAAGCUUACUAGUGGGAGAUGGAAAUGAGGGGGCUGCAUUUGGCACAAUCUAUUCCCAAGAGGGAUGUCACUUGUCACCAGGGUUGCUGCCUCCCACCUCAUCGCCCCCCCCUCAAGCUACCAUUCUCUCUGUCCUUCGACUUCAAUCCAUCCUCUCUCUGGACCCAUGGUUCGAGUGUCUACAGCCUGCUUUGUUGUCGCCACUGUACGUUUAGAAACUGCGAUGAAGAUACCGUCAUUUCUUCCUUUGCCCUUUUUUCUCAGGCAAAGGAGCUUUUCUUUGGUCUUAUUGUUUGUUUCAGUUGGUUGACCCGUGUGCUGUUUUUGCUUUAUUUGAUUGAAUGUCCUAUUAUACUUUUAUACUAUCAGUACAGAUGCACCUGACCUGAAGUCACACUACACUGCAAUACAGAAAUGUAUAGUGCAUUGCCUAACAGUCUUCUCAUGCAGAGGAGUAACUAAAAAAAAGUACAAAGCUACUCUGUAUUUCAACUGGGUAUCAAUGACUCUGCAUUGAUUGCCACUUUGAUGCAAUGUUUGUCCUGCUGAUUGCUAAUGAAUUAUACUUUCUUUAACAUAUUUUAUAUCCCUAUAAAGUCUUGACUGCAAUUGUUCUGCAUAUUGAAUCCAAAUCCAAUAUUGUACAUAACUCAAUUGAGACAUGGCAACAAUGGUUGUUUGUUUUCAACACAUUAAAUAUGCUUCUUACUGUC